CGCCGUCACUUACCUGAGGAUUAGACCUGAGAGACAUCGUUUAUCCUCCCCAAGACCCAUUAACCCCUCUGACUUAUUUUUUUUUUCUACGACGACCUUUUUAUUAUUAUUUUUUUAAAAGCUGCAAGUCAGAAAGGCCGAUACCCGCCGACAAUUUCCAAGCUUACUUGCGAUAAGACAGCUACUUAAUUCGGAGAGAACAUCAACAUAGCGCACCUGCUCCCUCGUCGGGGCUAAGCAAGUCAAGAUGGUUGUUGCUACAAUCAAGUGCGUGGUUGUUGGUGACGGUGCCGUUGGCAAGACUUGCCUUCUCAUCAGCUACACCACAAACAAGUUCCCGUCCGAAUACGUCCCAACGGUCUUCGACAACUAUGCCGUGACGGUUAUGAUAGGAGAUGAACCCUACACGCUUGGCUUGUUCGAUACCGCCGGUCAAGAAGACUACGAUCGUCUACGACCUCUGUCCUACCCACAAACCGACGUCUUCCUAGUGUGCUUCAGUGUGACAUCGCCUGCCUCUUUCGAGAACGUGCGAGAGAAAUGGUUCCCCGAAGUUCACCAUCACUGCCCUGGCGUACCCUGCCUCAUCGUCGGUACUCAGACAGACUUGCGAGAUGAUGCCAGCGUCCGGGAGAAACUUGCAAAGCAGAAGAUGCAACCUGUGCGUAAAGAGGACGGAGAGCGCAUGGCUAAGGAACUUGGCGCCGUCAAAUACGUAGAGUGCAGUGCCUUGACCCAAUACAAGCUCAAGGAUGUGUUCGACGAGGCCAUCGUCGCAGCUUUAGAGCCUCCGGCGCCGAAGAAAAAGCCCCAUAAGUGCUUGAUUCUGUAAUGCCACUACUUGGGUCGAAUCAAGACAUUUCCGCCUUCGUUCCUUGAGUACCACAAUGGAUCCCCCCUAAAGAUUGGAAGGAAUAAGGAUAUGUCUU